CGUCGACCGCAUACACGUAGCGCACUAACACAUCUCUCUCUCUUACUCUCUCUUGCUUCAUUCGUUUGUCUAACAUCUGGGAAUACUUGUAAAAGGAUGCGCUUCUUCCAGGCGGCACUGCUGGUGCUGCCAUGGGUCGCGUCUGCACUGGGACAGGAAAGCUCGACGCCGAAGGAGAAGCACGAGUACCAGUCCGAUGUCGCACGCUUACGCAGGAUAGUCAUCAACUCCCUCUAUUCGCACAGGGACGUCUUCCUCCGCGAGCUGAUCAGCAACGCCAACGAUGCGCUUGAGAAGUUGCGUAUCACCGCUCUCACCGACAAGUCCCUUCUUCAAGCGGGGGAACCGCUCAACAUUACUAUCAAGCUUCUACCGUCUCCUGCAGGAACGGGUGAAGCUGGCCGUGUGGUCAUCACCGACACAGGUGUGGGGAUGACACCGGAGGAGCUGACGCAGAACCUGGGCACGUUGGCAAAAUCCGGUACUUCAGACUUUCUCGUCCAAGCCGAAGGUGCCUCCACUUCUCAGCAAGGAAACCUCAUUGGACAAUUUGGACUUGGGUUCUACUCCAGCUUCCUCGUUGCUGACCACGUGUAUGUCGCUUCCGUCCCUGCGGCCAGGCCUGAGGGUGGAGAGAGGGAGCAGUGGGUGUUCGCUAGCGGUGCGGAGGACCAGAGCUUUGAGGUAUAUCCGGACCCAAGGGGCCGGACGCUCGAGCACGGCACGGAGAUCACGCUUGUCGUGAGGGACGAUGCGAAGGAAUUUGUCGAUCCGAAGAAGGUCAAGGAGCUCGUCGAGAAACAUUCAUCGUUUUCGACUACCUAUCCGAUUUACCUCUACACCCUCAUCACCGAAGAAGUACCGGACGAGGAGGCAUCCUCUGUGCCUAUUGCCGAAUCACUCGAGCACGAAGCGCCCAGUGCAUCUCCGAAAUCUGAAGCAGACGAAGACUCCGAAGCUGCGAUCGUCGAGGACCUACCUGAAGAAUCGGAAGAUACUGCCCCUGUUACCCCCCCUCUGCCCCCGAUGAAGAAUGUGACUCGUGAGGUGUACGAGCAGCUCAACGACCAGCCGCCGAUCUGGGUUUGCGAUGCAAAGACCGUCUCGGACGAAGAGUACAACGAAUUUUACAAGAGCACGUUCAAGGAUUCGCACGACCCACUCGCACACCUGCAUUUUGCAGGUGACUCGGGGAGCACCGUGAGCUUUAAGAGCUUGCUGUAUAUCCCUAGCGAGUUACCCCCGGACUUUUGGAGCAGCCAGAUGAGCAGGGUCAACGGCGUUAGACUGAUGGUUAAACGAGUGUUUAUCACCAACGACCUGGGAGACGAUGCACUGCCCAAAUGGAUCAGUUGGCUCCGAGCCAUUGUGGACGCGGACGACCUUCCGCUGAACGUCUCCCGCGAACAACUCCAAUCGACCAAGUUCCUAGCACAAAUUAAAUCCAUCCUGGUUAAACGUGCUAUCUCCCUCCUCCAGAAGCUCGCCAACGCACCACCUUCGAUCAACGAGGAGACUGGGGAAGAGGAAGGAGGCGCGAAAUAUAAGGAGGUAUGGAAGGCCAUUGGCAGCGCCAUCAAGAUGGGGGCGAUGGAGGGGAGUGCAGGACAGAAGAACAAGCUUGGGAGUUUGACCCGGUGGGCUACUAAUACGAGGGAGUUUGUGGGGCUGGAUGAUUACGUUUCGAAUCGCAAGAAAGGCCAGAAACAGAUCUUCUACCUCGCUGGUGUAGGCCAGAGGGCGGAGGACCUUGCCAAAUCCGUGUUUAUUGAGAAGCUCCACGCGCGCGGAUAUGAAGUUCUCCUCCUGACCGAGCCCAUGGACGAGAUCCUCCUUAAUUCGUUCCAGCGUUGGGGAGGCCUGACAUUCCAGGACGUGGCAAAGAAAGGUCUUAAGUAUGGGGACGAGGAUUUGGAUGCCGAAGCGGACAAGACCGAGCAGGCCACUUUAGCCGUGAGGUUCGCCCCACUUCUGGGUUGGCUCAAGCAGGAGUACAAGGGCACUGUUAUGGAUGUCGUUAUCUCGAACAGGCUUGUCACGAGCCCAUGCGCGAUUGUUGCUGACCAGUAUGGGUACUCAGCGAACAUGGAGCGCCUGAUGGCCGCUCAGCAACGGACUGCCAAGGAUUCGGCGAACGAUUGGAUGGCGGAGUUUGCUCGGAAACAACGGUCCCUCGAGAUCAAUCCCAAGUCUCCUCUCAUCGAGGGGAUGCUGCGAGUGGUCCAGGGUCUCGAUUGGGAGGAGGAUGUCCUUUCGGACGAAGGCGACAAGCCGUCACGCGAAAUUACUCAGGCUGAAUUUGAGCUUAAGGAAGUCGCUCAGAUCCUGUUAGACGGCGCGCUUGUUCGCUCUGGCUUCGAAGUCUCCGACCCGAAUACGUUCUUUUCCCGGGUCGACAUUAUUCUUCGCCGCUCACUCGGAGUAUCCGAGACCGCACAGGCGAAGGUGGACGUGCGUCCGGCACCACCGGUCGAGACGGGUCCUCUGGACUGGAAUUUCAAGCAGCACGAGCCGGAGCUGGAGUUCAAGGAAGACCCCUUCGAGCUUGGAGAUUUUGAUUAUGAGUUGCCAAAGAACCCAUUCUCGCAGGAGCCGGAGGCUAAGGCGUUCGAUGAGGCGCAGGGACAUGAUGAGCUGUAGUCCCCAGUUUGUACGUCUUGCAACUAUAAAGCCGGUAAAUUCUAUGGAUAUCCGU